GUCUAACCUCACACAAAUGUUGCUUGUUUAAGGGCAUUUCUCUGGCAUUUCUUUGCUGAAAAUAAUACGCUAACAUAGGAAUGUUCUCCAUGUAUUCAUACAUCUUGGACACUUUCCUUUGGCCCCUGUGUUCACUGCUCCAACAGAGUGAUCAAGUGUCAGCCACAAAGGGAGAGUUGGAGACAUCACAGGAUUGUGUAGCCAAGGAAAGUGGCCGGCUGGUGGAGAAAAAAGAAUCUGAAGAGGUUUCUCAGGAGGAUCUGCCAGAUGAGCUGUGCCAAGAUCCCACACAGACGUUGUCAAGAGGUCUAAGGAAGGAAGAACAGACCCCCAAAAGACUGAGGCUUAUUCUGGUGGGAAGAACAGGAAGUGGGAAAAGUGCAACAGGAAACAGCAUCCUUGGCAAGAAAGUAUUUGAGUCUAAAAUCAGUGCAGUGCCAGUGACCAAGACCUUCCAGAGAGGCACCCGAGAGUGGGAUGGGCAGGAACUUGAGGUGAUUGACACCCCUGACAUUUUGUCCUCUCUGUUCCAAUCUGAUGUGGCAGACCAGCAGAUCUGCCAAGCCAUCACCUUCUCCUCACCAGGGCCACAUGCUGUGCUCCUGGUGACUCAGCUGGGCCAGUUCACGGAAUAUGACACGCGGGCAGUCAGGCGCCUCCAAGAGAUCUUUGGAGUGGGUAUCUUGGCACACACUAUCCUAGUGUUCACCCGGAAGGAAGACUUGGCUGGUGGCUCCCUGGAUGAAUACUUGCGCAAGACUGACAACCAGGACCUUCACAAACUGGAUGUGCUGUGCUUGCGGCGCCACUGUGGUUUCAGCAACAGGGGGGAGAGGGUUGAGCAGGAGGCCCAGCUGCAGGAGCUCAUGGAGCAAGUCAGAGGAAUCCUGUGGGAAACAGAAGGGCACCAUUAUAGCAACAAAGCUUAUCAAUACACCCAGAAGCACUUGAUGCUCAAACAAGUGCAGCAAACUGAGAUGACCCAGCAGCAAGGCUCUGAGAAAGUACUGGUCAAGCGAUCCUCCCUGGAAGGGCUUUCCCAAAUCCAAAAGGAGUCUGAGAAAACUCACAAGUACCUUCUGGGGAAGGUGUCCUUUUGAACACUUCCUGGGUAGGAGCAAGGUCCUUCCUCAGCCCUUGCAUCCCUGUAGCCAGCCACUUCCAGAUCUCUCCAUCCCACAUGGCACAUUGAUCAGUCUCCAGGUCAGAACGUCUAGUAUGCUGAGAAAUGUGAUGUCCUUUGUCUGGAGUCCCCAGCUUCUAUCCCAGGACCUCCAGUUCUGCCUCCAGAACACUCAGGCCUUUCCUCUGCACCCCAACGCUUGCUGACCUCAUGUGGGACCUUUCAUCCCAUCAGCACUGUUUUUGUUGGGGGACUUGUCUGUACCUUGAUAGAGCCAAGGCUUCUUGAGGAUUGACCCACGUCAUAUCCUUCCAUGUCUCCCAAGUUGUGAUCACUUAGUGCAACUAAGUGGGGCAGCAACUCAGGGGGAGACUACACAUCUUGGGCUGUGUUCUUUCCCAUUAAGGUAGCCGGCACAAUGAGUGUCAAGAUGUCUGUUGUUUGAUGGACAGACAUUCUCUGGUUCUGAGAUGUAAGGAGGGAUACUUGGAACAAGGAAGGAGAUGGGAGGGGCAGCCUGCUCUUUUCACCUUAACAAACAUGUUCCUUAGAAACUUUCUACGAGGACAGUGAGUGAAAUUUGGAGUCAGGUAUCUAACCAGCCAGGAUCUGGUCAAGAAGGGGGAUCUUAAUCCUGGCUAUGGAGCAUGGAAUGUGCUUGAGGUGAAGGAAGCCACCACUCCUUCCCCAAAAUGUGGACUUGGAUGAGGGAGGGUCCACAUCUGUUACAUUGUUUCCCCCUCUCUGUGGAUUCUCAGAAACCCUCUCAGAGCUUCCUCAUGGCUUUGGGAAACAAAGGCUGUUUUUAAUCUGCCUUGCCUUAGCCAUAUUUCUUCCCUUCUUCCUUUAUCAUGGGAAGAUUGUGAAUAGCUGUGUGUAAUGGUUAUUUAGUGGGGGUGAAUAGGGAGCAGGGAAAUAUUAAUUGCAAAGUGGCAGUAGGUGAUUUGAAUAUCAUGUGGGGCAGCCUGCCGAGUUUAGAUGAGGACUCUGCACCAGGAGGGAUGUCUUCCUGUUGGCCAUGCCUCCAGACAGGAUUUCUAUGCAGUGUUAUUAGGAAGGGUGAGAAAGUGCCUGACUGGGCCUCAUAUGGGGAGCCAGACCAUCAUGCCAGCAUACCUGCAUUUCACCUUCUCUGGGGUUCAAGAUGUGCCUGAGAAGUUUGGCUGACCUAUGGGAAGAGAUAGGAGAGAACAGGGUGGGGUAUCUGGCACAUAUUUUUCUUUCUCCCCUCCACAUCCAGAGAGGAGUCAGAAGUGGAGGUGGUGGGAGGGGGCCGUGGGGGAAGGUCAGAAGUUUGCAAGUGCAGUCUCAGGUUUUCUGGCCAGGAAUUCUGUAUCAUUAGACAUCCCUGCCUUUGUUUCUCAUGCUGAGACCCAAGGCAGCCAUCUUGCCCAAAUGUAGGAACCUCCUAAGGCAGUCUAAGCAUUUCAGUUGUUGAAAGGGCUUCUUCCAUCUAUUCACGUUUAUAUGUUGAAAUGUUAGAAUGUAGCCUCAGAUACAUUGAAUUAUUGAUGAUUCAAGCUUGUUUAAAAAAAGAACACAGACUUACUUUGGAGUAUGCUUACCAGUCUUUGUGAAUAAACCAUUUAUUGAAUAAGUAAUCCGUUUCCCUCUGAACUGAAAAUGCAAUAUUUACCAUUUGGUCAGUUCUAAUACCCCCUAAUUCGUGGCAGAAUUUGUUUCUGCUCAUGCCUUUUAGUUCCUAUUCUUAUGUGACUACAAUACUGAUUUAAUAACACUGCUUUUUUUAUAGUAUGAUGAGACAACAUCCUCUUCAAUACAUCUCUAUGUUUUCUCUGUAAUUCUCAGGUAUUGAAUCUACUUUGUAGAAGUUGAAAUCAAGUUUCUAGUUUCCAAGAAAGAACUUUAUUCAUACCACAGUUGGAACUGUCUUACAUUUCUGUGUUGAGAGAAUGGUAAAUACUUCAAUAUAAAUCAAAUCCAUGUUGUUUCUAGAUGAACAGAUGGGAAACUUUAGAAUUACUAAGUAUAAAGCAUAUUUGUAUUUCCAUUAGAGUAUGAGAUAAAUUUCUUUAAUUUAGAUGUUACUACUUUCAUUCUGCUAAUUUAAUUGAUUUCGUAAUAAAUAUAGAAGCAUUUGACUAAAUGACAUCCAUUUUGUGGCUAAAUCACAUCAUUCAUAAUUUGCCAUUCAUUAAAAGUUGAUGCCGAUUACUUCAAAUACGGUGGUUUCUGUCUUUUAUUGCAAAACAACAGGGAAGAUACCUCUCACAAAAAUCUCAGGAAGUUGGGCUGGUUUGUUCUGAUGCCACCACACUCAGCCCUGGAAGAGAACUGGGGAGGUGUGUCUGUGUGUUCUGGAAGCCCUACAGGCAGUGUGCCAGGAAGAAAGAAAUGGGCCAGGGAAGGUGAUGAGAGGGGAUGUUGUCUUGAUCCAAGGCCAUGAUAACAGUGAUUUUUACAACUUGUUAUUUCCUAAAAAUAUAACUGUAGUGGAGAAUAAAAAACAAGUGAAUGAAGCUGUAUCAAUACAGGUUUUAAAAUACUUUAUUAAAAUGUUAUAUAUAUUUUAGUAAAGCAUAUCCAUACACAUAUCCAGAAAUGCCUAUAAGUAUGCAGAUCAGUGAAGUUUUUUGUCAUCUGAUUAUUCUCAUAGCCAGUACCCAAGAGUCCUCGCAAUAUCUAUCCCUCCAAUUUUUUUAACAUGUAAAAUAAUAAAUUGUCAUUUAACUGCUAUGAUUCAAUGAAGCAGUAUUUGUGAUGACAUACCAAAUGUUCUGACAUCCACACAGAGUUUAUCUUUAUGUGCUAACUACUAUAUUUAAGUGAAAAUGUGAUAUUUUUCCUUUUGGAUCUGGUUUAUUUCACUUAACAUAAUGACCUACAGUUGCAUCCAUUCUGUUGCAAAUGUCAGGAUUUUAUUCAUUUGUGGCUGAUUAACAUCCCGUUUUGUAUAUAGAUUGCAUUUUCUUUAUUCAGUAUUAAGUUGAAGCACAGUGUUUCCCUCCCUCAAAGCAGUCAUGACAGUAUUUAUAAGCUACGUCUAAAACAUACAAACAAGAACAUUGAAGAAGUAACAGUCGCCAUCAGGAAGUGACUAAAUGCAGGCAGCCACUCUCGGGGAACUUGGCCCCUCGGAUGAGAAUAAUGUGGUCUCACACCUCACACUGAUGUAGCUUUUCUGAAACACUCCCAACGUUGCUGGUAAAGAGGAGAUUCAAGUGGAAACUCGCAGUGACCCUAAGAGGCAGAGGAUGGAGUGUGGGGUGGCCAGAGCAGGUAGAAAUUGGCAAGGGAAUGCCCAAAGAAAAAAGCCAAAAAGCAGGGGGUAGGGUGUGUGUGUGUGUGUGUGUGUGUGUGUAGUGGGGGAAGAUAACUAGGGAGAAAGACAUUGUAAAUUCUGUCUUUGAACUCUGUGUAAAUCAUUCAUGGGCCCUGCACUGUACAAAACAGAGAGAUUUACAAAGGUCCAGGGAAAAUCUUAUCUGGAGGCUGGAAAGCUGAUCAUAGCUGCCUACAAUAACAAAGGGAGUUCCAAGUUCCAGUAGGGCAGUGUAAUAUACUGAACUGUAAAAUCAUAUUUGUUGUUUGGGUGGGAACACAUUUCACUCUAAUGAUUUGAUGAUGUUACUAAGGACACUCCGUGGGGAUUUGAUCCCUAAGAUGAGGGGACCACAUAUCCCCACACUGUUAUGGAUUUAAUCUGGAGAGGCUGGUAGGCUGUGAAGGCCAAGCAGCAAAGGACUGGCAAUGCUCAAGCCCUGGAUACCACACACAUCCCAUUACCCUCAGUGCUGGUUCAACAUAGCUGAGGGUUCUGCACAUCUCCAUCACACACCAGGCAAUGUGCACACCCACUCCACCCCAUGUGGAGAAGCCUCUCUCUCCAUCGCACACCAGACAACGCCAUAACACUUUCCUGAAGAACUCCAGGUGCACUGCAGCUCCAACCCCAAUCUUGGCUCCUUUAAAUACUGCAAUCAGGC